AUGUUAUGUCAUCUACCCCAAAAGUGUGUUUUAUAUUUAUGAUAAGGUGGAAGGAGGGUUUUCUUUGUCUUUUUUUAGGAGGGUGUUUUAAUUUUACAAUUAGGAGAGAUGUGUUUUUGUUGAAAGGCUUCAUUCAAUGGUAAGCAUAAAAAAAUUAUCAACAAUGUCAGAUUGAAGACAAGAAGGUCAGAUUUGACCUUCACAAUUUCUUUUGGGGGGUUUUGAGGGAAUCUGACAUUUUAGUAAUAACAGGUUACUCCAUCCAACAUUCUACAGCUGCACAUUUUUGCAUAGUUAUGUUUUUUAUUUGCAGCAGUUUGAUAUUAUUGAAAUAACUGCUCUCAUAACCCACAUUUUCCAAUAUUUCACCUGACAUGUCAUUACAUUAAGAAUGAAUAUUUCAUAUAUAAACACACGUAUCCUUGAUGAGUUAUGAGGGGAACUGGUGCUUGUCUUUUCCUCGCACACAGUGAUUCUGAAUAUUUUCUGUCACUCUUCUAGGGUUAAUUAGUGCUGUCAUGCUUUCAGUAAACUUUACUUGAUAAAGCUGGUUUUUGUACAUUUGCGUUUAUGUUGAUUUAUAAAAGUGAAUGCCAAAAUAAACAAAAACUUAACAUCUAAUACUCUUUCUAAAACUGAGUAUAUGUUAUAUUUUAGAUAAUUAGGUUUUCUUUAAAAUUCUGAUACAUUUCGGAACAUAAUUGACGUCGUACAUCACUUUUCCGACCAUCAAUUCAGAAGUUAUCUCUGAAGUAAGCAAAAGGGAUCUAGCUGCAAGGAACUAUUUUACUUUUUUAUAUAUGCAUAUAUAUAAAGCAAACUUUUAUAAUUAAUUAUUUUAGGUAUGGGUAUUGGUAUGGGUAUUGUGUAGUGCAUUCAAAGAUGGCGACGGGGUAUGUAGCCGAACGUUAGUGUUGUAGUCGCUUAGCUAAAAUGCUAAUGUAGCGUUCACCAGCUAUCUGCUAAUUAUGGUAAACAACGCUUAAAUGCUGAAGAAACAAAAUUCAUCCAUUUGGAAAGAAAUACCUCCAUCAACCGCCUCGUGAGUAAGAAUUAUUCGUUGAUAUCGGUAUGUUUAGGUACAUUUGUUUAAGAAUUUAUCAAAUAGUUUUUUACUCUUAAGGUAGCCGUUUUUCAUUGUCUCAUCAUAAGCAAUCUUUAUACGUAUUUUUAUGCUUUUGUAAAUAAAAAUGUAACUUAAUAUAUGCCGUGCCAUAGUACGUAUGUGUUAAUGUACGCAUAUUUUGUCUCAGUAUAACCAAUAAAUUAAUAAAUUUCGCAUUUUUUGUCUUUCUUAAUGAGAGGAAGUUUUGUUUAAUUGGAUCAACCAGCAGCGUAAUGUAGGGCUCCUUAGUACGAAACUUUUAGCUUAACCAUUAUAAAAGUUGAAGAUGUUGAAGAAUUUAUACUUUUGUUCACAUUUUCUUAUGCAACCACCACAAUCAUAAAUGUUUUACCAGCUAUUUUAACAAAAUAGCACACGAUACUUAAGUGAAGACAAAAUAGUUUCUAAAGUUCUUUUAAAUAUAACAUCUGAAAAGACUGGUGUCUAUUUGUAUGUUUUUGAGUCAAUUUCUAACAGAAUUUAGGUCCUCACUAGCUUAGCAUGUCUUGAGUUCAAUUUUAUUUAUUCUUUUGCCUGUUCGAUGCAUAAUAACUCAAGAUUAGGACCAAAAAUGUUUAAUCUCAUCUAUCCAAUUAUCCCAAUUGCAUGAGCCAGACAUCACCUUGUGUCAUCAUGGGGCUAGUGUGGCAUGACUAAUAUGUCUGUGCAUGAUUUCCCCACCUGAGCCGUGACUCUCUGCAGCCCCUCCAGAGUUACUAUGGACCUCUUGGCCGCUUAAGAUUCCUCUCACCUGGGCCUCUGAAGCAUUCACAGAACAUCCGUACUUAUACUAAAAUUAUAUUAUAAACUGAUGCAGUCUAUUUACUAAUUUAGUGACAUUUUAUUUAGGGGGGCCAGAGUAAAGUUGAGCUUUUACAGAUGCAUGCCAGACUUGCAGGUUUUGAAAAUGGCAUAAUUUUACUUCCACUUUAUACUUAAGUGCUUAAGAAAAUACACUGGCGUAAUCUUUAUUUAAUUCAAAAUGUUUAACAGUGAUUAACCUGAAGUGGGUUUUGGCCUCUAAAAUAAGUCAUAUUUUUAUUUAUUUCAUUUCUAUCUUCAGAGUGAAACAUGUCAUCCCUUCACCCAGUUUAUAAAACUCUUCAUACAUCAUCAAGUGAACACACCUCUGAUGUCAUCGGUUUGAUUUGGAGCCAAGGUGCAUGCGGGACCCAGAGUCAGGGGCUGACAACUAGCUCAGAGUUUGAUCUAACAGAGAUGUCAGAUUUUGAUUACUCUCACCUUCAGCACCUCAACCAGUCGCAAGUGGAGCCUGAGCUUUCAGAUGACUCUGAUACCAGUCCAUCUUCAGCUAUAGUAGCAGUUCAAAAUGCCACUUGUUCUACAGGGAUUUCCCCCAACACGUCUAGUCAAGCCAUUGACUUGUCAACUUCAACCUCAAAUGAUGACCACAAUCUGGUAAUGCCAGGGGAAAAGACUCCUGUGUUUUAUGGUGAGGUUCCAAGUUUUGUGCUGGCCAGAAUCAGAGGUGAAGAAAGCCCAAUCAAGGUGACCGUCAAAGAGGAGUUUUCCAAGAACCGAUCCAUAUCAGCUGCAAGAGUGUGUCUGGAGAAAAGAUUCAACAGCAUGUGUGCCGACACCACAACGCAGCCGGAUAGCCACUCUGCUGUUCUCAGCAAUCUUUUGACAGUAUUUGAACACUCAGCAGAGGCUCAAGAGGCAUCCACACAUCCUCAAACACAAAAGUGGGUGAAAGCUGACCGAGCAAAUUCUUUUAAGCUCUCUAGCUCUCAUGUCGGAGGUGUUUUCGAACCGAUAACCAAUGUCUUUGGGCAGGUUAUUGCACACAUGGCUGAGCCCAACAUACAUCAGGGUUUAAUAAUGCCCCCCAGUUUUUCAUUUAGCUUUCACCCUGAGACCUCUGUGAUAAAAACCGUCUACGCUGACAGCAGCAACCCCAGAGAAGAGCAGGAGUUGAUGUUCACUGAAAAGGAUGUGGUGCCACAUGCUGUUUACAGAGGGCAUUGCAGCAGCUUGUGCCCUGAACCUCCCAAAGCUGCUAAAACUGCUCCAAAACCAUCCAAGAAGUCCAGGAGGGGCGGCUGCAAAAGAGCCCGAUCUUCAUUGUCACUGACCCAACGCAAGGAAAAACACAACAGCAAAGAGAGGGAGCGCAGGAAGAGGAUCCGCUCCUGCUGUGAUGAGCUGAACACCAUGGUGCCAUUCUGUGACUCGAACACAGACAAAGUCACGACGCUGCAGUGGACCACAGCUUAUCUAAGAUACAUCAAAAAAAUGUAUGGAGACAGCUUCAAGGAGGAGUUUCAGAAGGUCUUCAAUAAUGAGAGAGAGAGGUUUUUAAAGUCCAGCCCCUCUCCAGGUAAACCAUCCAACCCAAAGAAAGACAAGACACUGAGCACUUCUCUUGCAGCUGAGCAAUGAUCUGCUUCACGUUUAAUCCACAUGUAAGACGGCACUUUAAAUUGAGUCAGUAAACCGAGGGAGUCUGUAGGGCUUAACUGAAAGGUUUAUUUUAUGUGUUUGAAAAGUUUAUGAUUUAACUCUACCUUAGAGAGUGGAAAGUUCCCUUUGUCUGAUUGAGAGACACUCAAAGAUAGCAGGUUUUCUGCAGUUGCAUUGUAAGACCACUAAGUGUCACUUUAGUAUCAGAAUUGCCAAAACCAGUUCCAUUCAGCUGCUAAACUUUAAAAACUGUAUUUCACACUAGAUGGCACUGUUUUCUUUUGAAAAAUUGAAUAUGGGAAUAAGACUGCUCUCGACCCAUUUUGUUUUAUUCAUGUGUCAUUUUUGUAUUUUAUUUAAAUGUUCUGUUGUGUUACUUUUACAGCUGAUGUUCUUAAACUUACAAUACUCUGUAUAUUGUCUUUUGUAUUAAUAUUUAUGCAUUUUUAUAUAUAACCUUGGGACAAUAGUGAAUUAAUGGAGUUAUAAUGAAGUGUUGGGCUCAUUUGAUAUGUAGAGAAGAGUAUUGUUUUACUGAAAAGUGGCUUUAUUUGUUCUUACAACAUGUCGCUGUAGCAUCUUACUGUAUAUACAACAGUCACCCACAAUAAUAAAUAGUAUUUAAAGUAAUGUAUAUUUAAUAGUUACAGCACCGGCGGUACACAGUGGAUGUGGUUAUUGCUGAUUGAAAAACCAAAAAAUAAAAAUACACUUUUUCUAAUUUCUUUAUGAAUUAUACAGGUCUGAUUCAUGCAUCCACAAGUUUUAUCUUAUUCUCUUACCUUUAGUGAAUCACCUUCACUAAAGGUGAAUAUAUAACUUUUACAAGUUAUAUAAAAAAACAAGCUGUAAACAAAAAAAAAGCUGUAAAAAAAAAACCAAACAGUUUUUGUUUUUUUGCAUUAUUCUACAUAAUUUCGGGGCACCUGGGAAAUUGUUAUUUUAUUACUUUUAUAGUACAUAUACAGCUCCAGCACCUUUGUCCAUAUUUUACACUGUCAGUUUGUAUAUUGAAGUAACACCUGUGAUUCACAUAAUAAGCCGUGUCAAAUGGGCGUUCACAUCAGAGACGGUCACAGUUGUCACGUUGAUGAUAAUCGAAACAAAUGGAGCAUCGAAACAUUUACAAACUUAUGCCAGUUGUUAUGUGACACUUUUGAGUCACUACAGUUGUUCUCUUGUUUUCUUUUCCUUGCCUGAUCUGCUUUAUUUCAAGAUGUUACCUGUAAUCUUUUGGGUCUCUCGGUUGCUUUGGUGUUCCUGUCACUCUUGGGAUGUUCCUCCAUUCACACUUGUAGAUGUUAUUCCUCCCUUGUGAUGCAUGUAUUUAAAUAAAGAGGACUUGUUGUGAA